AUGCCACGAAUUUAUCAACCAGAUCCUCGAAGCAAAAAGUGUAAGAAACCAAAUCCUAAUGAUCUCAAAAAUGCUAUUAUGGCAAUUAAAAGUAAACAGGUAACAUACCGGGAAGCUCAGGAAAUAUAUGGCAUACAUUAUUCUGUACUCUACCGUCAUGUUAAAAAUUCUAGUUUAAAAAAACAAGGGGGCCAAACGGCUUUAUCAGUGUCUGAAGAAAACAUUAUAAUUGAUCGUAUACUUCUAUGUGCAGAAUGGGGAUUUCCUCUUGAUCAAUAUGAUCUAAGAUUUUUAGUCAAAGGGUACUUAGAUCGCCGAGGAAAAAAAGUAAAACGAUUUGGCCAUAAUAACAUGCCUGGUAAAGAAUGGGCCAUUAGUUUUGUGACUAGGCAUAAAGAUGUUUUAUCUUUACGUUUGUGCCAAAAUAUAAAGCUUUGUCGAGCAGCUAUUUCAAGAGAAACUAUUAACAAUUAUUUUGAUAACCUAUCUAUUUCAUUAGAGGGAGUUUCACCUGAAUAUAUAAUUAACUAA